AUGAGUUCUUCGCUUAGCAGCAGCAACAACAGCAACAGCAACAGCGCUAGCAGCGGUCCCAACAUGGAAGAAGUAGGCUACGAGGACUGCGCACCGACCACAGCUCGACGCCGAGGCCCAGGAGGUACUAGUAUUCGUCGUGUCAAAACCAUGGAACCCACAACCAUGGAGCGUCGCCGAAGCAGUUUGUUUCACGUUCAGGGCGUCGGCACAGAAGACGAAGAACCCGCUCCCUUGAUGGCGGAUCGCAGCGCCGCUCGCAGAAAGAACCGUCGUCGCAACGGUGGACGUCGCGGCAGUGUGGCCCAUGUUCGUGCCACUCCCGUCCCGGAAGAAGAAGAAGCAGAGGAACAACACCAGAUGGCUCCUCGUCGCCGAUCCUUCACAGGCCUCAUGGAAGCCAUGGAUUCUUCCAUUUCGGGACUCAUGGAAGAUGUGUCGUCGCGAUACCAUUCCUCCAGAAACAGUAAUUCGUCACCGCGAGUGGGCCGUCGAACUGGCGGUCGUCGCAGUUCCAUCUUUCACGUCAACCAAGUGGAUGGCAAGGGCACACUAGAGGAACAUGAAUCCACCCACAGUUCUCGGUCCAAGUCGCGAACACUCAAACUGAACCCCUUUGCCCGCAAGUCGUCGACCGGCAGCAGCAGCAAGAGCCAUAAUAAAAAAGAGAAGAAGAGGUCCAACAGUGGCCACAAGAAACAGCAGGACACUGAGAAGUCCAGCGAAGACUUGCUCAAAGAACUAGAACAACUGGCACGAGCUGUACAAAAGAAUCCUGAAUCACGCAAGAUCUUGCAGCAACACUUGCAGAAGCAGCAGCAGGGUCCGCCAGCCUAUGUCAGGGCUGCGUGA